AGUGAGCACUGAGGGCAGGAUGGGGACGGUGUCGUGGCAUGCUGCUUUGGUUUUAGAUACUGAGCUACCGAGAGAUCAGAGGUCAUACUUGCAUCUGCUCAUUCUGCGAUCUCUGUAAAGCGGGACUACAAAUUUCUCCAGAUGAGGUUACUAGUGCCCCGGGAUGCCCCAUCCUCUCCUCCUUCGAUUACUCUGGGUGCUGGUAAUGCAGUGGCAGGUUUCCUCUGCUCAGCUUUCGGAUCAAGUGUUGGAAAGCUGGAAGAAGUAUGACAAUGAGUGUAAGCUGAACAUGUCCCUGGUGCCACCACCGACAGAUCUGGUCUGUAACCGAACAUUCGAUAAAUUUGCAUGUUGGCCGGACACAUUACCCAAUACCACAGUCAACAUGUCUUGUCCCUGGUACCUGCCUUGGUAUAAGAAAGUGCAGCACGGCUUUGUCUACAAGAUCUGUGGACCAGAUGGGCAUUGGCAGCCAAAGGUGAAUGGACAACUAAAUCGGGAUGCUCGGGAGUGUGAACGGGACAUAAACGAUCAGAACCCCCAGGAGAGAUACGGCAAAGUCUAUGACAGCUUUAAAAUCAUGUACACUGUUGGAUACUCUGUAUCGCUGGGAUCUCUCAUAUUAGCUUUGGCCAUCCUCGUAGGCUUCAGUAAGCUACAUUGUAUGAGGAACUACAUCCACAUUAACCUGUUCUCCUCGUUCAUCCUCCGGGCUGUUUCCGUCCUAGUAAAUGACAGUCUUUUGAAAAAUAUUUACACCGAGAUAUUGGAUGACAAUUCUGUACAGCACUGGUCAGACAAUGAGGCUGGAUGUCAGGCUACCACAGUCCUUAUGCAUUAUGGAAUUAUUGCAAACUAUUGCUGGCUACUGGUGGAGGGCAUCUACCUGCACAAUCUGCUGGUUCUCGCGGUCUUCUCGGAGAGGAGCUACUUUGCGCUUUAUGUCUGUAUUGGUUGGGGUGCCCCAGUGCUGUUCAUCAUCCCUUGGGUAGUCAUGAAAUAUAUGUAUGAAAAUAAAGCGUGUUGGACCCAGAACGAUAACAUGGCGUACUGGUGGAUCCUGAGAUCUCCUGUCUUUGUUACUAUUCUGAUCAACUUUGUAAUUUUUGUUCGGAUUAUCCAGAUUCUGGUGUCCAAGAUGCGAGCUCAUCAGAUGAGGUAUACAGACUAUAAAUUCAGAUUGGCUAGAUCCACGUUGACUCUUAUUCCACUGCUGGGUAUCAACGAACUGGUGUUUGCCUUUGCCACAGACGAAAACGUAAAGGGUACACUGCGCAUGGUCAAAUUAUUCUUCGACCUCUUUCUUAGUUCCUUCCAGGGCAUGCUGGUGGCAGUGCUGUACUGUUUUGUGAACAAGGAGGUUCAAUCAGAACUCCUAAAGAAAUGGAAGCGUUGGAAGCUUGGGAAAGACAUUGAAGACGAAUAUAAGCAUACAAACAGCCAAACACCCCGCCCUGGCAUGGGCAGCAUGUGUGAAAAAUACAAACUUGUUGGCACUUGUACGAACGGUACAGGCAAAUCCAAGCACGGUUCCAGCCAGCGGGACCACGAGAAGAUAAGCAGCAUCACCGAGAACAUCACGCUGAGUGACAGGCGAUUCAGCUAUGACGAUCCGGACAGUGCGGAGAACGUUCUGUGAGCCGAGGGAGAGAGGAGAGCCGAGCGCUGUGUAUUUCAGUGAACGAGUCCUGCAUUACACAACAUGGGGGAAAAUAUCAAAUGGAAUAGCCAAAAUGCCCGAUUCCUAAUGUCCAAGAAGCCACGAUGCACUGUCAUUCCAAUAUGGAAAUUCCUGAGAAAGAGUUGAAAAUGAAUCUUUAUCUUUUCCCUUGGCUGCAGAUAACAAAGCAAUGAAAUCAAAAUAGCUGGUAUUUUUUAUUUUUUUUUUGCCAAUUCCAAUACAGGGACAACAUCUGUGUUUUACCACCAAAUUUUCCACCCGUUUUCCAGACUCCGUGAACCUGCAACGCCUGCUGUGGACACACUCCUGCUCUAUCUUUGGUAACUGACUGGCAUUGAUAUCACAUCAGCUUUCUAUCUGUUGGGCACAGUCUUGGAUAAACUCCUAUCCCUUUGAUGAACUUCUUAAAUCAUGUUCCUUUCACCACCCAUCACUGAGUCGCUGCCAGGGGCCAUUAUCCUUAGCUUAGAGAAGAGAUAAUAAGCUGUAAGCAAAGUGCGGAGAUACAUAGAUUAAAAUAAACGUUUGCUUUUGUUCUAUGACCUUCAAGGGUUGACAAACUAUGAUAAGCUAUCUAUUGUUGGACUGCUAUUUCAUUAUUGCUCAGAGGAUUCAGGGAGUUAAAACGAAUGAUGAACGUUUGGAG